AUGUUGACAAUGACGCAGACAUUGUGCUUAAGAGGAGGAGAAGAUUGUGGGAGGUUAGCUGGUUUUGAGAGGUUGAAUCUGGUCGGAAGCCAGUAUGUAUAUGACUGCUGUCUUGAAAACCAAAGCAAGGAUCAGAACUUGGCAGUGCACGUGGAGCUUCUUAGUGCUUUGGCUCCGGACAACAACACAAAGAAUUCGCUGUCAGAAACGGAGGGGAAAAGACAACAGUAUGCGAUGGUUCGUUGGCGGCUUUUGUCGACAAAAGACUCGCUGUUUUCGUACCAAGAUAAUUUUGAAAGAAAGGAAAGGAAAGAAAAGAAAAGAAAAGAAGAGAAAAAGAAAGAUCGAAUUCGUUCAUCCUCAAAAACAGUGACCUCUCCCUCACUCCUGAGCAGAUUUUCCUCGGGAUCCCCAAGCCACCACCAUCUUCUUCCUUCACCAUCCGCUUUGAAUCUCUCGUCACUCACGCAUGCACAGCCCUAUUGGCAUUGUUCUCUCUCUCUUUACAGCCUGUGUUUGUUUUGUUUGGUUUCGUUUCGAUUUGAUUUUUGGGUAAGGAACAAGUACAUUGAUCUUUUUGGCGAAGAAGUGUAAAAGAAUCAGUGUAGCAAGUGGAGUUCAAGUGAGGAAAAAGUC